AGUUCCGGGUUUUUCACGCACUUUUUCACGAACCAGACGUGACAUAUAGAUAUACAUCGAACCGCGAAGGAGCCAACAAACAGGUCCCAAGUCAAACACGACAUGUGGGCUCACACACACACACACUCACACAUGCAUACAAAAGACAUUGCUCCUAGAUCUCGGCACACGCCCUUCCUUUGCCUUGGCUGCCCCACACCCACCCACGCACACAGCCUGCAACUCGCUACGUGGCUACAAAUAACCCCUGCUGCAGGCCGGCUGACCAGAAUCCCUCUCUCUACACACGCACAGAGGAUUGUUGGUCCGUCUUGCUACUGACGAUAGGUACACACACCCGCAACAUAGCUACAUAAGUCCGGUGAGCGACGAGUGCAUUCGCUCCUCAUUUCCCGCCAUCGGCCAUGCCGCGCAUGGUGUCGGUGUUCAUCCUGUGGUAGCCGCGGGAUAUCCGCCGCUGCUCCUUCGUCAUGUCAUCCUCCACCGCAUUGUUUCGACGCGAAGACCUCUUCCGCAACCUCGCACUCCUAGAUGACGACACACGACACACUUAUGUCUCCCUUGCUUUUCGUCCUGUGUCUCCCACUUAACGUGAUGAGAUCUGCAGGUGCGGUGAGGUAUGUGAGUGAGCCGCGCCUCAGGACCAGCCUGGCCUUCUUGCCGCAGCAGCACGAACACAGGAAGAAACUCACCAGCAGAGACAUCAGCGCCCCCGCCAUUAUGGGGUACUUGCGAGCCAGCCGCCAACACGCUUUGACUCCACCAGACAGACGGCCUAACAAGGCUGAAAAUAGACGAAGAAGAGGCAUGCAUACAAACAUGCGUACAGACGACGGGGGGCUGGCUUGUCCAUCUGACUUACAUAGGUCUGGCCGGAGUGUGUUGUCAUCCUCCUCUCCUUCUUCCGCUCUUUUCUUCGUGAUCUUCUUCGCACCUGUAUCAUCCCAUACACCGGCAGGCAGGCAGGCAGACACACGAGACACACUCAUCCAUGGGUUCCCGGUAUCCACGAUUCGUAUGUCUCGCCUCCUUCUCGCAGCUCACUUAGCCUUCUCCUCCUUGACGAGAAUACCUCCCCCUUCCUCUGUUCCGUUCUGACUUUACACCUGGCAGGGCCUGACAGUGUCCCCUUCCGAGACACCACUCUGCUGCGAGACAGUGGGCCCUUCUUGAGGCGGCAUGUCUGUGACUCUUGCUCAUAGGUGAAGGCUCCACACCCGGCAUGGCGCGCGCACAGACGUUGGCAGCCGAGUGCAUCAGAGAUGUUGGUAGCUGUUUGUUUGUCUGGUCCACUGAUGUAUGUAUCCACGGCGAAACAGGCCAACCGGGCUGCACACAACACGACACAGAGAGGGGACAAGAAGGACCAAAGUGUGCAUGACAUUGUGCACAUGGGUGCCCAUCUCUGUGUCUGUGCUCCUACCUGUGUGUGUCCGCCGGCUGGCCUUGACAGCCCGACGCAUCAACAUCAAGUCAUGCAGCCGCCUUGUGUGGAGGCCUGUCCGCCCCCGCAGGAGCCGCAGGAGCUCCCUGCCGACCGUGCGCCUUCUGCCGACAGAUCGUGCCUGUCUCGCCAUGAGUGCAGGUGAGUCUUGUGCAGCAUCGGUGGCUUGCAGUGCCAGCCCCAACACAAGGGCGACACCUGAGGAGAAAGGCAACACAGUCCCGAUUUGUUUUCUCUUGUCGCUUGUGCUCACCAAUGAAGACCCGGCUCACCAAACGACAGCGGUUGUGCCGUGCAGCCAUAUUUUCU